CUGCGAACUCCAAACCCGUUCCCUGAACGCUCCUUCGGUCUCUACGAGCUGCGCACGCUCACUGAGCUACGGCAUUCGCCGGCUCGUGGUGAGGACGUGCCCCUGGUCCCCGUCAUUUCCAAUCCUUUGGACGAAGCUCAGUCCGAGCAGGUCGCGGCUCAGAUGGCUCCAUGCGCUCCCAGCGCUGGUGAUUACGGCUUCCGGCCUCGCGACCCUGUUGAGGUGUGCCGCCUGACGUUCCAGCAGUCCCUCGCGCUGCACGCCAUUGGGCCCGCGGCCCGUACUCCGGAGGAGUUCGCACUGCGUGCGUCUCUGCGAGAGCGACUCCUCACUCCACAGUCUACGACUGUCGUGGAGCACCGCGAGAGGCUGCGGCUGCAAGCCCAGCAGAAGUCCAAGCCCGCCAUGCGGACGUACCCGGUGAUUGAGUACGAAGCUCAGUUCGAGUCUUGGGCCGAGCACAGCCGGAAGCUCAGCUCCAUGGAUGCUCUCCGAGCCAGCUUCAGUGAAGUGGAUGUUCGCAUUGAACGCAAGCUCCGC